AUGCCGCUAGACGAUCUUAUACCGAUCGGUGGCGCCUCUAAAGGCAGUUCUGGUCCCAAGAAGAGCGGAGGAAACGAUCUCACAAGUGGCCUGAUCUCGAUUUCUGGAGCUCGCGACAAUGUGGACGUCGAUAUGUCCGACUUCGACGUAGGCGAUCUGUUGGGUGACGACUCGAGUAAGAAAAAGUCGAAAUCGUCUUCGAAGGACAAGAGCGACGACAAGAAAAAACACAAAUCCAAAGACAAGGAUAAAGCUAAAAGUUCCAGUAGCAGCAAGAAGAAGAGCAAGUCCAAGUCGAAGAAAAACGCCUUCGACGACGAUGACUUUGGCGACGAUACUGACAACUGGACGUCUUCGACGAAGAACUGGGAUAGCACUGCCGAGCUGGAAAUGGCUGCCGCUGCUGCUGCAAGACGGAAGAACGGUGGGAAGAUUGGGGGUGGAUUGGAUGAUGAAUUCGCCAAAAUGCUUGGCGGCGAUAUUGGUGGUACAGAUAUUGGAACUACUGAGUCUCCACCGCUGUCACCGGAACCAUUCGGAAAAAGAGACGACGGGAAUGAUGAUACGUUUGGGAUAUCAGGGUAUACUCCAACAGUUCGUGGAUCCAAUAAGUCUCGUGAGGUUGAAGUACCUCCCACUUUUGAUGCAAAUGAAUCUGCCAAACCAAGUGAUGGCAUCUCUGCGUCGUUCUUUCAAGAUGAUACAAAAGGUAACAUGAAUUCGACGUCACUGUCUUCAAUGUUGGGUACAUCAACUGAUCGUCGAGGUGGAACUCGAGGCAGAAGGCAAGUAGGUGGCGCUGAUUCGGACCCUUUUGGUGUAGGGACCUCGGCUACGACAUCCACCUCAAAUUUUGACUCGCUCUUUGGAGGGCCUAGCAGUAGGAGAGGUGGUUUUGACGAUCCGUUCGCCAAACCUACACGAGAUUCAUCAGAUGACAUCGAUACAAGACAGAGUGUAAAAGAACACGUUGAAGAAAGGAAAGCAAGUCAAGUUCAAGCUGAUCCUUCUCCUCUACCUACCCAGCGUUUGUCAGCAAAAGACGAUCUCCUGGCAGAUUUAUUUCCAUCAGAGCCACGCAGUAGUGCUCGAGGAGGUCGUCGUCAGCAAGAAUCUUCGCUCUUAAAGAAUGAAGAAACAGUUGAUGAAAAGAAAACGAAAGUGGAGUUACCGUCUGACCCUGUAUCAACGAUUCUACCCGUAUCUGCAGAUCCAGGAAAGCAGCAAAAUGACCUCUUGGCCGAGCUUUUCUUAACCCCUACCAACAACGCAGUAUACGAUAAACCGAAGGAAAAAGAAGAGGAACCGAAGAAAUCUGCAUCUGUGGAGACAAAGCCAUCGACACCCCCCACUGAACUGACUCCGCCGAAGAAAGAGGAGUCAUUCGUUGACUCUGUACUACCUGAAAGUUCAAAAUCCGACGUUGCUAGCGCUAGAGACAGCUUACUUAUGGACUUGUUAGGGGGCCUAUCGCCUCCUAAGCCAAGAGAACCUGUAUCGUCACGACGUCGCAGUCGCGGCACUAACAGCAACGACAGCUCGCCCAACAAGGAAAUGACCAAAGUAGAAGAUCCGUUUAAGAGCUCUUUGCCACCCUCCCCACUUCAAUCACAACCUCUGGCUUCAGUCCCGGAGAUAUUGGUAGAAACAUCACCACCUCUAACAAGUGAAAGACCGACAACUCCACCAUCACCAGGACGUAUUCGAACUUUGACAACCGGCAAAGGUGCGCUCGAAAGUAACUUCGAACAGUCGAAAGACAAUCUUCUAGAGGAAAUUUUGCCAUUCUCGCCGGCUGCCUCUGCCCACAGCAGCCCGCAUCGACGCAACUCGUACUCUCAAUCUUUUGAUGUAGAAGACAGUAUCGCUGAAGUCGCGGAAGAGCCGAUACAUGAAGAGGAAGAGCAGAAAGCUCAAGUACAAGAAGAACCAUCAACACCAGAGCCAAUUGUCAUAAAAUCAUAA